AUGCGGCAGACAGGCUUCUUCCACCACAUCGGUUCGUUUCUGCUAUUAGCAGCUACGGUGCUGCUGAUUAUUACCGACAUCUCGGCUCCAGUCGUGAACAAUAUUUCGAUGCUAAGAAUCAACUUCGAUGACCGCAAUGUAUCCCCAGACCGUCACCCAGCUGUGACUUUCGGCACUUUUGGCUACUGUGUAGUGGAUGGGACGGCUUCCGGUCAAGACGCCUGCACACGGUCGCACGUCGGCUACGACCCAGUUCCCCUUAUCCAGAGUUAUGUCCCGAACGUGGAUUUCUCAGACUAUGCGGCGGACACAUCCAAGGCUUUGACGCGCGUCAUGGUCUUACACCCGAUCGCGACAGGGUUAGCCUUCAUCUCGUUUCUCCUAGCACUCGGCGCCGGUGUCGUCGGCAGCCUUCUCGCGUCGCUAUGCUCGCUUCUCACUUUCAUCGUCACCCUUGUCGCGCUUAUUUGCGACUUUGUAUCAUUCAGCAUUAUUCGGUCUCACGUUAACGAUGCUGGUAACGGUAGCCACGCCGAGUGGGGUGCCGCGUCUUGGACUAUUCUCGUUUCCGCCAUCUGCAGCCUCCUCGCUACGUUUGUAGUCUUCUUUACGUGCUGCAGCGCUAGGAUGCACAGGCGCCGAGAUUCUCGUCGCGCCACCAAGGAUGUACCUGACGGCUAUGGCGCCCCAGCUUCGAUCGACAGCCAUAAGGCCUAA